UGUCUUCUUUCUUGCAGUUGCAAACCAGCGGAGCCUUAUCUGCUGGUAAUUUAUCUGCGUUCGUUGCCACCAACAACUGAACACGCACACAGAAACAGACUUUCGCUCUCUCUGACUCUUUAGUUAAGCUCCUCUUUUUCUGCUCAAAGAUCACUUGAAGAAAGAUCCCAGUUUGCAUUUCUAUUGAAAAUGGUGAAUACUAUAUGUUUGACCCCUGUUUGCUCUUCUCUCUCUCCUAACAAACCAGGAGUAGUUCUUGGGAAUUCCGCUGCUGGGAAGGUUCUUAGGGUGAACAAAGUUUUCCAAACUUUCAAAUAUAGUAAAUUUCAAUCUUUGGAAGUUAAGGCUACAGAUAGUGGUAAAAGCACUAAACCAAAUAGCUUAGUCUGUCCUGAUUGUGAUGGAAACGGUGCUAUAUUGUGUUCCCAAUGCAAAGGAACAGGAGUCAAUUCUGUUGACCACUUCAAUGGACAGUUUAAGGCCGGUGGAUUAUGCUGGCUCUGCAGAGGUAAAAGGGACAUUCUGUGUGGAAGUUGUAAUGGAGCUGGCUUUAUUGGUGGAUUCAUGAGCACUUUUGAUGAUUAGAGUCUUGUAAGCACUGAAUCUUCACCAAGUUGCCAAUCCUCAAAACUACACAUCCUAACAUUUUUCUAUCUGUUUUGCUUUGUGUCAUAUGAAGAAAUGCUUGUUGGCUUGAAAUUUUUGUACUUUUUACUAUGGGCUACAGAAUUUCCCUGUGCUACUUGCAGGUGAAAUAAAAACUGGAGGAAAUCCUUACUA